CUUGCGACAAGGCCAAGUUGCGCAGCGAUUGAUUCAUUCAUACAGGAACCAUCCCUGUUAUAAGCAGAGAUGAGGUACUGUGUGCGACUUACGCGGAGAUGACAGCUUUCACCGAGUUCGAUGCCGGCCACCGGGACUUGGUUACAGUAACCAAGUUUAACUUCUAUGGCAAUCGCAUCCUCACUGCAUCCGCGGAUCAUCGGAUAAAGGUGUGGGAUCAAAAGGAUGAUGGCUGGGAACUUGCAGAUACUUGGCGAGCACAUGAUGCAGAAAUUCGCGAUGCAGCAUGGAACGGCCCAUUCACCGGUCAGCAUAUUGGCACCGUAGGGGAGGAUAUGAAAUUUAAACUAUGGCAAGAGGACGUGACGCAGUCCCGCAACUCUGGUCGGCGCUUCCGGAACAUCUUUCGUCUGACAUCUUCUAUUCGCACGCCGUACGUCUCGCUUGACUUUCGAAAUAUUGACCUCGAAUCCUGGCUAGCUCUAGUAACUCGCGAUGGUCUUCUCACCGUAUUGGAGCCAGUUGGUGCGGAUAACCUCUCGGAGUGGCAACAACUCGACCAGUUUCGUGUUUGUUCAGAACCCUCACGAGGAGAUGAGACGAGCUUCAAGGUCCAGUUCCAUCGUGAUCCAAUGGACAUGACCCAUAUGGUUAUGCCGUCCUGGGAUAGAAAGAGUUUAUCUCUUGUUGUUGCGGCGAUGAACACUGUUAGGGUGUAUAGAAUGGCAGCGAACAGGAAGUUUUACCAUGCCAUUGAGCUGACUGGCCAUACUGGUCUAGUGCGGGACAUUGCAUGGGCCAACGGCUCUGUUCGAGGGUUUGAUAUAAUUGGUAGCGGUUCAAAAGAUGGUACCAUCAAAAUUUUCGAGAUAUACACAUCAGUCACGAAUGGCAGCAACAGCAAGCAAAAUGGAUCCGCAAAUGCUACCUCCAGAGCCUCAACCCAAUCUGCAAUUGGCACUGCGCUUGCAGGCCAGACAUCAGGAACCCUUGCAGAUACUAGGAAAAACACUGAAAGCCCGUUCAAGCAUACCUUUAGAGAGGUUGCAUCGAUUGACAGUAAACAUCUUGAUGUCUGGCAAGUUCAGUUUUCUCACGCUGGCGAUUGUCUACUCUCUUCCGGGGAUGACGGCUCUUUACGCUUCUGGAAACGAGCCACCUCCGGAGAUUGGCUGGAAUUUGCGGAAACCUCAAUGGAGAAUAACUAGUAUUCCGUCACCGCAGCACAGCUUUUUCUUCCUAGCUUGAGCUGACUCUGCUAGUCAAGUGAUAUCAGCCGUGAGAUUCCCAACUAUUCUUCAAUUUGUCCCCGCUGGCUUGCAAUUGUUGCAUGGUAUGAUUGAUGUCGUCAUGAAAUCUCUUGCAUAAUACCCAUAUAUCAAGCCUAUGUGCCACUUAUCCAAUGCCUAUACUGUUUAUGUAUGUAUAUGAUAUGCAAUAAGCAAUAAUAUGAUGAACCGUCCUCUUUUUUUAACUUUGUCAUACUCCGUAUCGACCAUUCCAAUCACACCUGUUGAUAAGUCAGUUUGUUUUGUUCCUCUAUUUAAAGGGAACAAUAAUCAUGCAUUACUAUCAAUAAUCCUAUAACAUCUAAAUUAAAAUUGAUGACCCCAGUCGACUACAACACAGAGAAGCUGUAAAGGAAAUAUGUUGCUCAAUACAAUUAGCGAUGUAGAUGUUAUAACCGCAGGCGGCCCAAAGCUCAUCUCAUGAGUGUUGAUGCCAUAAGGUGCCACUCAUUAUAUUCAUCUAGUACGCAUUCUGACCUGGCCAUCCUAUGGAAAGGAGAAGUGGAGGUUGAUUAUGUGCGU